UGAAUGAACCACCAAUAUACUCAAGAAUGAGACGUACAGGAAGUCAAACAACAACAGACUCACGCAUGCUCAUGCCUGCAGUAACGUUAGGUGAUGGCUGAGAUGGAAGAAACAGACUUUAAUGAUAUUUUAGACGACUGGUUUAUCGAGUCCCUAAAAACGUACAAAGAUCUUCAUGUGUAUCAGCUGGAACAUCCGACCCAGGUCAUCGAGUGGACGUCAGGGAGGACCGUGUGCGUCGCAGGAUACAGCUCGUCUAAAAAUGAAAUUCUGGAGCUGCAUUUACCUCUGAAACUCUUCGCUGAUGAGAACAAGGGUCUCUGUGCAGAACGGGACUUCAAAGUUGUCCACGGUGGGUUCGCAGAGGGUCCUGUUUGCUGCCUCAGACACGUCCCAGGAACGAGGUGUGUUGUUACCAACGACGGGCUGAGCUCCGACCUGCAGGUGUGGACCGUCGGAGGAGACGACAGCGACGUGAUCAGACGAACAGGAAGUGUGAAGGGGAGGAGGAGUGUUUCAGAGGGAGGCAGCAGGAUCGCAGCUCCACUCUCGUCACAACUUCUUCACGGAGCUCGAAGCAGCGACGUCCAGCUGACUCAGCUGACCUCAGGACAGAUUCUCUACACACUCGAGACAGACUCGGCAGAUCCUCUGAGUUCUUUACAGUUUGUGAGCGACACCGUCUUCCUCGCCGGCUGCUGUAACGGCAACGUUUACAUCGCCGACACUCGGACGUCUGCUGCUCCUCAGCUCUCCCCCGGACCGGCGGCUUGGGGGGGAUCCGUCCUCUGGUGGACGGACGCCUCGGCCGGCAGGGUCAUCAGACUCUCCUCGUCUGGACAGGCGGUCGUCUCAGACCUGAGGGACCUGGGAGAAGCUGUGAGCUGGGCUCAGCUGGACGUCCAAUCACAUCGCUGCAACCCGGAUGAUGUCAGAGUCUCAUGGGCUCCGGCGCUGGACAACUGUAUCGCAGUGUCAGGUUUCAGCGGCGCGGUUCAGAUCUAUAAAACAUCCGUCUGGGGGACGGAGCGCCAGGACGUCCAGCCGCUGUUUGAGCAUCGCGGUCACGCCGUUUCAUCACAGUCUGAUGACGACGUCUUCGUCACCGCCCAUGUCUGGCAUCCCGAGCGGCCGCGGACGCUGCUGUCUGCGGCCUCAGACGGCUCCGUCCACGUGUGGGACUGGGUCGACCAAUCAGAGCUCUAGUUCACCUGAGACGAGUGGAUGUUAUCUCAAUGAACUUCAGGACCAUUCUGAAACGUGAAAACAAAGAAUAACUGAUCUGACGUUGUUUCAGUACCUUCCUGUGUGGAUUCUAGUACCACCUCCAUUUCUACUGAUGGGGUGAAGAGAUGAAAAACAAACAAAUGGAGCAAAGUCACACGUUUUAUAUUAAAUUUACACAAGAUUAGACCGGAGAACAUCUGUCCUCAGUAAACGGGAGAAACACGAACAGAACUUUGUUUGUUUGAAUUGCUGCUGGAUUAAACUGCUCUAAUUUAAUACAAAUCUAAAUGGAUGUUUUGUUUUACAUAUGGGUUAAAAAAUGAAUUCACUAAAUCUGUUUUCAUUGCAAUGAACUGGAGGAAAGACAGUUUACCCAAAUCACUAAUUUCUUUGUCUUUCUUCUCUAGCAGCUUACAUUUGAGUACUGACCCUGUAAGAGUUCUCCUGUGGAAAUCGUCUAUUAAAACUUUUAACAGUGUUUCUUCAAAGAGAAUGUUUUUGAAAUUCUCUAAUGAGCACAAAAUAAAUAGCAUUCACCUCUAUUGUGUUAGGACUGAGCCGUAUUUUUAGGGUUAAAGUCUAUUUUCUUGCCUUUGUAACUUGAGUGACUGUGUGUUGGGCUCUGAAUGCUGCCAAAACACUGAUGACCAACUCUCAAUACUGUGCCUGAACACAUCCUGUGUGUAGACACCGCAAGACAACAAAAAAUGCAAUUAAAUUUCAUACAGACUUCAAA